AUGUUGAAAGGCAAUUCAAGAAUUUUUCGAAAAAAACUAAUCAAACAACAAAGAAAAUAUCGUCGUGAUGGUGAAAUAUUUCCUCAAAUAGUAGAAUAUAAUAGUCAAAAUCUAUUAGGUAUUUAUGACGCUGGUGAUUAUGGGCAAUUUGCUCCAAAACUUAUGACAAUUUUAUUCUCGUCGACUGAAAUGAAUGAAUCAAUUAUUUACAGUAAUUCGGGUUGUGCAAAAUUCAUGAUUGAUCUUGAUCAUAUGUGA